UUCCUUCCAACACAGAACGCGGCACCUUCGAAUGCGAGUUUUGGGUGCACGAUUUCGGCUCUGUGCUUCUUCGUCUUCUGCAUGACUCUCGUGAGCGAGAGCUGCAAGUAUGGAGAAGAUGCAGGAGGCGGUGGUUGGCAUCAUUGGCAUGGGAGACAUGGGAAAGAUGUACGCCAGGCGGAUCAGUGAUGCAGGCUGGAGCGUCCAUGCUUGCGAUGUCCCUGAGAAGUAUGAAGCUCUCAAGGCCGAAUUUGCAGAAUCCGUACGUAACAUUGUCGUGCUAUGUAGCUCCCAUCUAGAUCUAUGCUGAAAGGUAAGCAGCGAAAUGUCACAAUCUUUCCCAA